AUGGAUCUUUGGGCCGAAUCCAACGGCCCUCCGCGUAAGAAAAUACGCAAGGGAACUAAGAGCUGUAUUGAAUGUCGCCGCCGAAAAAUCCGGUGCACGUACGAUCCAGGCCGCUCUGAUGCCUGCCAUGAAUGUAGGCUGAGAGGUUCCUCUUGUAUUGAUCAAGCACAGGGUAUGGAAGAGCCUGCCCCAGUAGCAGGGUACGGGCAGGCGGAACAACGCUACAGUCUCCGGGAAAGAGUUGCCCACCUGGAAAGCGUGGUACAAAAGCUGGCCAAACGAGUUGACCAGCAGAGUGCUGAUGACACAGUUCCCAAGCCUAUACCGAAGACCAGAGCACCUUCGCCAGUGCCAGAUCCCGAUUCGGAUCAACUAGGCCCAUCGAGCGACCAAAUCCGAAAUGCACCGGUGCUGCAGUUAUUCGAUAACUAUGUUGUGAGUCGGCGCGAAGACACGGAUAGCAACGAUCGGUUCGCGGGUGCUCAAGAUACAUCGUCCAAAGCAUGCACGGUACGCGCCGAGCUCCUGGCCUUGCUUCCACCUGCGGAGACGUUACGAAGAGUGAUUGCGGAAGCAUCGCAUGCAGGCUGUCUGUGGGACGAAUAUUUCCCCAGUCGUCCAGAAACGUCGACCUUUUUGUCAGCAGUAUAUCAAAGUGCGAUUGCCCCGGCCGAAAUGGCCAAGGUUGUCCUUUGGCUGGCCAUCAGUGUCGUUCACUUGCCGCCCGAGUUCGACUUGAGUGGUCUGCAUGAUCCUCUCGAUCCUCAGAAGUUCUCCGCACGGUGCAACGAAGCAGUCGACCGCCUUGUAGUCCGUGACGAUGAAUAUGCUGCCACUUUACCGGGCAUCGAGGCGCAGACUCUACUCGCAAAAUCUCACUUAAGCGAGGGUCGACUUCGUAAGGCCUGGCUAGUCAAUCGUCGUGCGAUCGAAUUUGCCUAUCUUGCGGGCAUGCAUUUCUCCACCCGUACGGCGCGACCUACCGACACACUCUUCGACCGACGAUUGAAAAUUUGGUGCUCCGUCACGGCGGCGGAUCGGACAUUGAGUAUGAUUCUUGGAUUGCCCUAUGGGGUGAUGGAAUCCUUCUUCAAGCCGCAGGUUGAACGUCGACUUCAAAUGUCUGUCACGGACGCCGAGCAAUAUUUCCUGCGUAUGAGCAUGGUUGCGGGGCACAUUGUCGACCGAAAUCAUGAUUUCUCCGAGACUAGCCUCGAACAGACGUUAGCACUUGACCAAGAACUGAUGGAUGCUUGGAAGAAUCUACCAGAGAGCUUCUUCGGCAUCCUGCCAGGCCCAAAAGAAACUCGCGAAAGUUUCCAUGCUAAACUUCCUCUCCAAUUGAUGCUCAACGUGGUGCGAGCUUUGCUGCAUAUGCCGUUCUUGCUGAAAUUCCCUCAAGAUCAACGCUUCAGUAUUUGUCACCGUGAAGCCAUCCAGUCGGCGCGAAAUACAUUGAUGCUAUAUAAAGUUCUACGGUCCAUGAUGAAAACUUAUUUGUGCAAAAUGAUCGACUUCUUCGCCCUUACUAUGGGCAUGAUGGUUGUCGUGUACCUUCAUGGACAUUUCGAUGAGUCACCUGCGCUUCACAAGCAACAAGAUGAUCAAGACUGGAGGCUUCUCGGAGAAGUGGCUGACAUUCUCGGUCAAGCUGCUAACGAGGCGGGAGGGACUGUGGCUGCCCAAUCCGCACUGAUCCUUACCAGCAUCGUCAACAGCAGGUCACAUAUUAAGGAAUGGGCAUCAGCGCCGUCGUGCAAGGUCACCAUUCCUUACUUUGGGUCUAUCGUUAUUGGCGCCGGCCCCAAGGUAUUGAGAUACCACCAAGUUGGCGACAACGACGAUGUUGGACCAAAGACAUUACCCCCUGCUGUCAAAGAUCUUCCUUCAGUCUACCCGCAGAGUCUUUAUACGCUGCAGACGCCCCCGUUCAGUGACCCAGAACUGUCAUCCGCGACAUACGCCAGUGGCGCUUCAAACUCACAAAGUCCAGUGCCCCGACCCCCUGUGACUUCCAAGGAUCUUGCUCAGCCGUUGCCUCCAGGUGAAGAUCCUUCUAUUACCGAAUUUGCUGGUUUCGGAUCGACAUCCUUCACAGGGCUUUUCAAUGACUUGGAAGAGUCGGCGUUGUUGAAUCUUGCCGUUGAUCAUGGACUAGAUUACGGCUGGAACGUGAACUGGUUCGACUGA